CUCGCCGGGCUGGUGCCCGACCAGUUCCAGAUGUGCCGGAGGAACCUGGAGGUCAUGCACAGCAUCGUCCGGGCUGCCCACCAGACCAAAAGCGUCUGCCAGAAGACCUUUGCAGACAUGAGGUGGAACUGCUCCUCCAUCCAGCGUGCCCCCAGCUUUGGCCCUGACCUGCUGAAAGGAACCCGGGAAUCCGCCUUUGUCUACGCCCUGGCUGCUUUCCCCCCCCGGCCUGCACCCGCCGUCACGCACUCCAUCGCCCAAGCCUGCACCUCAGGAGAGCUCCCUCUCUGCUCCUGUGGCUCCGUCCCCUCGGAGGUCCCCGGGCCGGAUUUCAGAUGGGGUGGCUGCGGGGACAACCUGCGCUACGGCCUCCAGCUCGGCGCGGCUUUUGCUGACAGUCCCUUAAAAUCCAGCAAGCUGGGGACGCAAGCGCUCAAGGCCAUGAAUCUACAUAACAACGCGGCAGGGCGGCAGGUGCUGAGUGACUCCCUGGAUACCAAGUGUAAAUGCCACGGUGUUUCAGGCUCCUGUUCCGUGAAGACCUGUUGGAAGGGACUGCCAAACCUGGGCGAAAUCGCCUCUGACCUCAAGUCCAAGUACCUGGCAGCCGUCAAGGUGACCCACCGGCUCGUAGGGCCCAGGAAGCAGCUGAUACCCAAAGACAUGGACGUCAGGCCCAUGCAAGAGACGGAUCUGGUUUAUCUCAUCAGCUCUCCCGACUACUGCACGCCGAAUCUCCACCUGGGGUCUCUGGGGACACAGGAUAGGCAAUGCAACAAGACCUCCGUGGGCAGCGACGGUUGCAACCUGAUGUGCUGCGGCCGCGGCUACAACGCCUACACGGAGGAGGUGGUGGAGAGGUGUCACUGCAAGUAUCACUGGUGCUGCUACGUGGUGUGCAAGAAGUGUCGGCGGAAGGUGGAGAGAUACGUCUGUAAAUAA